AAAGCGGGUUCUUUCCGUUGGGAGGCGAGCGCCCCGUGUCCGGCCCUGUCCGGCCCUGUCCUGCGCGGCCGGCGCGGCAGCAUGGCGGGCUCGGGCCCGAAGCGGCGCGGGGCUGCGGCCCCCGCGGCGGCCGAGGAGGAGGAGCGGCAGGCGCGGGAGCGGAUGCUGGCGGCGCGGCGCGCGGAUUGCGCGGAGGGCGAGGGUGUGACCCUGAAGCGCAACAUCACGCUGCUCAAUGGCGUGGCCAUCAUCGUGGGCACCAUCAUCGGCUCGGGCAUCUUCGUGACGCCCACCGGCGUGCUCAAGGAGGCGGGCUCGCCGGGGCUGGCGCUGGUUGUUUGGGCCGUGUGCGGCGUGUUCUCCAUCGUGGGCGCGCUUUGCUACGCAGAGCUCGGCACCACCAUCACUAAGUCGGGCGGCGACUACGCCUACAUGCUCGAGGUCUACGGCUCGCUGCCCGCCUUUCUCAAGCUCUGGAUCGAGCUGCUCAUCAUCCGGCCCUCCUCGCAGUACAUCGUGGCGCUCGUCUUCGCCACGUACUUGCUCAAGCCGCUCUUCCCCAGCUGCCCGGUGCCCGAGGAGGCCGCCAAGCUCGUGGCCUGCCUCUGCGUGCUACUGCUCACGGCCGUCAACUGUUACAGCGUGAAGGCCGCCACCCGCGUCCAGGACGCCUUCGCCGCGGCCAAGCUCCUGGCGCUGGCCUUGAUCAUUCUCCUCGGCUUCAUCCAGCUCGGGAAGGGUAACACGUCCAAUCUGGACCCCAAGUCCUCGUUUGAAGGCACCAAAGUGGACGUGGGGAACAUCGUGCUGGCGCUGUAUAGUGGCCUCUUUGCCUACGGGGGAUGGAAUUACUUGAAUUUCGUCACAGAGGAGAUGAUUAAUCCGUACAGAAACCUGCCCCUGGCCAUCAUCAUCUCCCUCCCCAUCGUCACCCUGGUGUACGUGCUGACGAACCUGGCCUACUUCACCACGCUGUCCCCUGAGCAGAUGCUCACGUCGGAGGCUGUGGCCGUGGACUUCGGGAACUACCACCUGGGCGUCAUGUCCUGGAUCAUCCCCGUCUUCGUGGGUCUGUCCUGCUUUGGCUCCGUCAACGGGUCCCUCUUCACGUCUUCCAGGCUGUUCUUCGUGGGGGCCAGGGAGGGCCACCUGCCCUCCGUCCUCUCCAUGAUCCACCCACAGCUGCUGACGCCCGUGCCCUCGCUUGUGUUCACGUGCGUCAUGACCCUGCUGUACGCCUUCUCCAAAGACAUAUUCUCCGUCAUCAACUUCUUCAGCUUCUUCAACUGGCUCUGUGUGGCCCUGGCCAUCAUCGGGAUGAUCUGGCUCCGCUACCAGAAGCCAGAUCUGGAGCGGCCCAUCAAGGUUCACCUGGCCCUCCCAGUGUUGUUCACCCUGGCCUGCCUGUUCCUGAUCGCCGUCUCCUUUUGGAAAACCCCCGUGGAGUGCGGCAUCGGCUUCACCAUCAUCCUCAGCGGCCUGCCUAUCUACUUCCUCGGGGUCUGGUGGAAAAACAAGCCCAAGUGGCUUCUCCAGAGCAUCUUUUCCACGACGGUCCUUUGCCAGAAGCUCAUGCAUGUGGUUCCCCAGGAGACGUAAGCGACAAGAUCUGAGAAGCUGCCGGAAAGAAAACGCAGAGAUUGUUUUAAACCACCCACCCCUUAGAAAGCGACUCCGGUCCUAUCAUCUAGGCAGCUCAGCUGGGGGCCCCCACUGUCCCUCCCCCAGGGUGGCGGCCGGGCCACUGUGAACCCUGGUACGAAUUUAGUCCCAGAAGACGGAUGUCUGGAUACCUCUCGAGCGUGGAGGCGGGAACGUUGGACCGAGGAGGCCGUGGGCUUCCCGCCGAAUCAGGCCUUCUCUCUUCUCA